AUGGAGAAGGAAGAGCAGGCCAGUGAUCCAGACCCUAGCCUCCACUGGAACAGCAGUUACAGCCCAGAGACCUUCCGCCAGAGGUUUCGGCAGUUUGGCUAUCAGAAUUCACCUGGGCCCCGGGAGACUUUAAGCCAGCUCCGAGAACUUUGUCAUCACUGGCUGAGGCCAGAGGAACACACCAAGGAACAGAUCCUGGAGCUGCUGGUACUGGAGCAGUUCCUGGCCAUCCUGCCCGAGGAGCUGCAGGCCUGGGUGCAGAAGCACCAACCAGAGAAUGGAGAGGAAGCUGUGACUUUGCUGGAGGAUGUGGAGAAAAAGGUUGAUGGGCCAGCCAUGCAGGUCUCUUUUGGAGGAAGAAAGGCCAUGAUUGCAGAUAAGCUAGCACCUUGGGAAAUCCCUCAGGAGUUACCAAGUAGCCGGCUCAAGCCCUUGAAGAAGCAGCUCCAGUGGGCAUCGUGGGAGCUGCAGUCUUUAAGACAACAUGACAAAGACACCAAAACUAUAAAUGUGAACUCUGCUUUGAGGCAGAAGACUUCCCCAGGCAUGGAACUGAAUUGUGAUGCUUCUAACACUCUUCAUAUGAAUGCCUCCCAGAAUUUCACAUCUAGAGGAACCUGGGAACAAGAUGGCAGGUUUGAAAGAAGACAAGGAAACUCCUCUAGAAAAAAACAACACAAGUGUGAUGAAUGUGGCAAAAUCUUUAGUCAGAGCUCAGCCCUUAUUUUACAUCGGAGAAUCCACAGUGGAGAGAAGCCUUAUGCAUGUGAUCAGUGUGCAAAAGCUUUCAGCCGAAGUGCAAUUCUGAUUCAGCAUCGAAGAACCCACACUGGGGAAAAACCCUUUAAGUGUUAUGAAUGUGGCAAGGCAUUUAGUCAGAGCUCCAAUCUUUUCAGACAUAGGAAACGACACACUAGAGAAAAAGUCCUGUCAGUGUCAUGA